AUGGACACAAUCAAGUCUAUGGUGUUUUCCUUGGCUCUGGCUACUGCUGUGGAAGCAGGGACGAUCCUCCAGAGAGCCAGUACAACCCACCCCGACUGGUUCAAGACCUCGCCCGACCUCUAUGCCGGUGUCAUGGAGAAGGGUGCGGAACCCUACCUGGGGCAGAUCAACCCGGCACCUUUUGGCUCAAAGACUGACAUCCCUAAUGACCCCUUGGAGACUGGAGAGCCGAUCAGUGGUGCGAAAGGUAGAAACAUCUUCCAUCUCAUGGGAGACUUGAGUCCCUACUUCUCUCCAGUGGAAGGCUUUGGCGUCGAUGAGUACCCUCUGCCCAAAGGAGCCAACAUCACGCAGAUGCAUCUGCUUCAGCGCCAUGGCUCUAGAUACCCUUCGGCCACGGAAGCCCAGGGUACAUGGGGGGAGAAGAUUACCAACGCCACCAAAGCAGGAACAGUCUUCACGGGCGAGCUCGCUUUCCUAAACGACUGGUCUUACCAAUUGGGUAAGGAACUUCUCGUUCCCACGGGUCGACAGGAGUUGUUCGAUAGUGGAGUCUUGAACUACUACAACUAUGGUCAUCUAUAUAACAACAACACUGCUUCUCACAAGCUCGUGGUUCGCACGACCUUGAUGGCGCGCAUGAUGCAAAGCGCGGAGAACUUCCUCGCUGGCUUUUUCGGUCUGAACUGGAAAGACUAUGCCAACCUCUUGGCCACUAUUGAUCCCGCUACAACCGGGGUCUCCAACUGUACCAACGAGUUUACUACUAUUGAGGAGGUCAUCGAAGAGCCCGUCGGAAUCUGGAUGGCAACCUACCUGAAGGAGAGAACUGCUCAGCUGAAGAAACUCUCUAGAAGCUACAACUGGACCCUCACGGAUACAUACCAUGCCCAGACUCUCUGUCCCUAUGAGACUAUUGGUCUUGGCUACAGCAACUUCUGCAGCCUGUUCACUUUUGAGGACUGGGAGCACUAUGAGUAUCUCCAAGACAUCGAGUUCGCCGGUUAUUCUGGCUUCCUGAGCCCCACUGGCCGAGCCCAGGACACGAACCCGGUCACUUUCCCUCUGGACCAGAACUUGUACCUCGAGUUCACCCACGACGCGAACCUCAUCUCCGUCAUUACCGCGUUUGGCCUGACGCAAUUUUCCGGUUUCCUGCCUGUCACCGGUCCCCCCGCCAAUCAGAAGUUCCAUACCAGCCGACUGGUGCCUUUCGCUGGCCGACUGAAUAUCGAGAUCAUCAAAGCGCCGCACAAGGUUUCCACCAGGCGCUCGUCGAAGGCUACCAAGGCCGAUUAUAUCUCCGGUACGGGUGAGACGCAGUAUGUGCACUUUAUCCAGAACCAGCGCACUGUCCCGCUGCAUGCUAGCUUCGACGCUUGUGAGUAUCGUGAGGAUGGCUGGUGUGAGUUGUCCACCUUCUUGAAGGUGCAAAAGACCAUGCUUGUUAAGGCUGAGUACCAACAUGCCUGCUACGGGAACUGGACCUACGGUGGCUGGGGCACAGUACUGAACGGUGUUCCCGCUUCUUAG